AUGCAGUCGCCAUCGUCAGACCGGGUUAACUCUUUUGCGGAUACACCCCACUAUCAUCGGGAUGACCCUGGUCAGGACACAUCGCAGGAACCUCCGCGAGGUCACCAAAGGGACAUCAUCCAAAACAGCCCCAACACCCAGAAGGAAAGAGUCAACGCCAGCCGGGUCAUCCUCCGACCCGGGGUCGCUCAAGACAAUCGAGAUGACAGUAGCUCAGAAGACACCGAUCGGGGCAGCUGUGAGGGCCGAAGCGAAGCAGCAGAACAGAUGGAAGAAGGUUCAGGGACGGUGCCAGCCGCCGGCAUCCCUUGUCGACUCUGUUCAGAUGGCCUCAACGCCGACGAGCCAGUGUUCCGCUGCCCUUGCCGGUGCCCCGACGUCUUCAUUCACCGGUCGUGUCUUGAAGACUGGCUGCACAGAAGUCCCGAAGCCUCCUGCCCCACAUGCGGGGCAGCGUACCCUGUACGCCGAAGGACAAAGGCUCUGUGGAGAUGGUUCUGGGAGAAGGACUCGAGGAUGGACGCUGCGGUAUUCUUGGCUAACGUCGUCUUCAGUUUGGGCAACGUCGUUGUCCUCUGCAUGGCCUGGCUCUACGUCUUGUACGAAUACAAGUCCACCUCCAGGAUAUCUGCGGCUGCUCUGGCCUCGGCUCUUCUGGCUCUUUCGCUGUUUUGGGUGGCGUUUGGGUUCGUUCGCUUUCACGUGCUGUUCAAGACGUACACUAUCUGGAGAAGGUUGAACACAACGCUCAAGGUACUGCUUGCGGACAAGACUGUUGAUAUCCCCGCUUGA